CUCGACGAGCUCAACGGCGACGUGAUUGCCCUCGUCGUGGACUUGCUCGAUUCACGCACAGCGGCGCGCAGCCUCGCGGCGACCUGCAAACGUCUGAGAGAGCAUGUUUUGCCUGUCCUAUACCGAGACAGCCGCAUGCUCGUACGUCCUCGUCCCAACCGGCCCAGCCCUCGCAUCUUCCAACAACACCCGCUCGGUACUCCCGCGUUGUCUGCGUAUGUCAGGUCACUUGUUAUCGAAGAUAGCUGCCCACGGCUUGGCUCUGAGCGCUAUAUGAUGGAUGACGAAGUCGGGGAGCCCAGCCUCUGCGACUCUCUCGAUCUUCACCGCGCCUUCAACACCUUCGUGUCCUCUCUCCCCCAAAUAUGUUCAAUCACGUUCACUGCGGACUUAGAAACCUACCACGGCCUGUCUUACGACACGAUAAGGCGUGUUCUUACAAUCCCAACUCUCCGCCACUUCACCCUUGAGCGGUUGCAUUUCAGUCCUCUACCCACUCGCAUGCGGGGGGGCACGGACCUGUCGCCGCUCUCUACCUUCAACUAUCACAAGGUUUAUCCUUUUCAACCUGGGAUGCACCAGUCGGAAUCGCAGGCGCUCUCAUUCACCUUGUCCAGGGUCCACAAGACUCUAGAGACGCUGCGCCUCAUGGGCGCUUCGGCCCCAGUGGACGCGCUGCGCGAUCUCGACUGGCCACGCCUCACCACACUCGUCCUCCACGCAGACCCUCCCACCGGUGACAUCCCUCACGCAGCCAAGCUAUUCACAAACAUGCCAAACCUCCGCGUCCUCGCUCUCAAUUUGCAGCGGAGGGCCGAGCGCGCACCCGAGCGCGCGCCGAUCUGGCCCCCGGGACACUCCGGGCCCUUCCCGUGGCCGAAGCUCGAGCGGCUCGUCGUGGCGUGCCCGAACGCGCGGGACGAGGUGUACGCGCACCUCCCGCCGACGCUGCGCGAGCUGGCGCUGCGCUACUGGAAGCUCGUGUGGUGCACCGACGGAGCCGACCGCGACACGUACCACGGCACGUCGACCACGCUCGACAUCCUCCGCCGGUGCAACGUCCCGACCCUGGAGCGGCUGGAGAUCGAGUACGUGGCCGAAAACAAAAGGGCCGCUCCCGGCGACGCGGCCGGCAUUGAGGAGGAUGCAAUCAGUAGGGAGGAGAGCGUGCUGUUGGGCUCGCUGGCGACGGCGUUCCCGCGUCUGGAGUGGCUUACGCUCCUCCGUCAUGACGAUCCGCCGGAGCUUGGAAACAGACCCCAGGACAUUCCAACGGUACGCACCUAG